AUACUGCUGACAUCAGAUACACCCGUUAGGAAGCAGAAGGAAAAGGCCUUACCUGUCUUCUAAGGAGAGUCAUGGCACACAACCAAGAGCCUCUAGCCAAGACCCCUGUCAUCAAAUUCAAUGGCCAGGACUUCACCUUCCUGCAGGAUCGUUGCCUAAGCAGAGGCCUACCAUUUGAGGAUGAGACAUUCCCUGCAGAGCCUUCUUCCAUAGGUCUGCAGCUGCUCCAGGGAAAAGACCUCUCCAGCCUGAGGUGGAUGCGGCCAAAGGAUAUAUUAAACGGGGAAUCAGAGCCUCACUUCAUCCUGGAAGGUGCAAGCAGAUUUGACAUCCAACAAGGAGAAGCUGGAGAUUGCUGGUUCCUGGCAGCUCUGGGCUCCUUGACUCUGAACCAGCAGCAUCUGCAGAAGAUCCUGAUGGACCAAAGCUUUUCACACCAGUAUGCAGGGAUCUUCCGUUUCCGGUUCUGGCAGUGUGGCCAGUGGGUGGAAGUGGUGGUUGAUGAUCGCCUGCCUGUUCUGAAAAAGGAGUACCUCUUUGUGCGUCCUUGCAGCAACAACCAAGAGUUCUGGCCCUGCCUGCUGGAGAAAGCUUAUGCCAAGUUCCAUGGGUCCUAUGCCAACCUGCACUACGGCUUCCUUCCUGACGCCCUGGUGGACCUCACGGGAGGAGUGGUCACUAACAUCGACCUGACCUUUCCUUCUGACCUGGUGACGAUGGUGAAGACAGCGGCCAAGGCAGGCUCCCUGAUUACCUGCGCCACCCUGGCCGAGCCGACAGGUGUGGCCAGGAGCCUGAAGAAUGGCCUGGUGAGUCAGCACGCGUACACCGUGACUGGAGCCGAGCGGAUUCAGACCUGGAGGAGCGGGGAAGAUCUUAUCCGCCUGUGGAACCCCUGGGGCCACACUGAAUGGAGAGGACGCUGGAGUGAUAAGUCUCUGGAAUGGCAGAAAAUCCCGGACCAACAAAGAAGACAGCUGUAUGAGAAUAAGGAAGAUGGAGAGUUUUGGAUGUCAUGUCAAGAUUUCCGAGACAACUUCUCCUGCCUGCAUAUAUGUAACCAAUUUCCAGUCAGUCUAAACCAAGGAAACGUGCCUCAUGGAAGAUGGUGCCAGAUGAUGUUCAAGAACAGUGAAACUCCAGGAAAUACCUCAGAAGGACUUCCGAGGGACACGCAGUACAUCUUCUCUGUGCCAGAGGGCAUGGAAAGCAACAAUGCCAUCAUGUCCAUCAAUAUCAUCCUGCAAAAUUUAAAGGCAAAGGACAAAUUUCCACUAAGCCUCAAUGUGUUCAAGGUCGACCCCCAGUUCCAGCACUACCAGAAGUUGCCACCCACCUUCUUUUCUAAAUUCAGAAAUGCUAUCGAGGGCAUAGGUUCCAAAACCAGGGGCUGCCUCACUAAGCGCUUCAGUCUGAGCCCUGGGACCUACGUGGCGGUCACUUCUGCCCACAGUGAAGCCAUUGAGUUUUUGCUCCGAAUCUUCCUGAAAAUGCCAGAUGGUGACAGGAACCUGGACAGCAAUUUCAACCUUAUGGCACUAAAGGGGAGUCUUCUGAAAAAUAGCUCCCAGGAAAGCAUCUUCUACAAAUACGCUCAACAGGGACUGAACCUGGAUGCCACCCAGCUUCAGAGCCUUCUCAACCAGGAGCUCCUGACAGGAACUCCGGGGCAUACGUUCUCUCUGGAUGAGUGCCGGAGCAUCGUGGCUCUGAUGGACCUGAAAGUGAACGGGCGGCUUGAGCAAGAGGAGUUUGCAAGGCUGUGGGGCCGGCUCAUCCACUGCCAGAGAGUUUUCCAGAACAACCAGAAUCACUCUGGAGUUUUCCUGAGUUUGGAUUUGUGGAAGGCUGUAAGGGAUGCAGACUUCCUUGCAGGGAUCUCCGUCAGCAACGAGCUGCUGGACCUCAUAACCCUCCGGUACAGUGACAACAGCGGCAGGAUCAGCUUCCCUAGCCUGGUCUGCCUCCUGUUGCGACUUGAAGCCAUGGCAAAGACUUUCCAGAACCUCUCCAAGGAUGGGAAAGGACUGUACCUGACAGAAAUGGAGUGGAUGAACCUGGUCAUGUACAACUGAAGCAAGGAGUAGAGAAGACCCCAGAGUCCAGGACCAGCUCCCAGUGAUCACUCAAGAAUCUGGCUCUCCUUGCAACAGGUGGUGAACUCCCAUGCGUGUGAUACAUUGAAACCUGCCCUGCCUGAAACGUAGUCAAGGCUGUCUUCGAGGAACCUGGGCCUGGUCCUCAGCCGAGUCAGGCUGUAGUCAGCCUGCAGUCUCAGAGCGGGUCCUCUGACCACUUCAGGACACCAGCCUGGGAUGCUCUGGAAGAUGAAGCAGGAGAUGUUCGACGGUGGGAAAGAAGGGGAGAAGCUUCCUCAUGACCCCCUCCCUCAAGUCCAAUUCAUUUCUAGGAAAAGCC